GUGGUGGGCGUGGUCUCAGCCUCAGUCUAGGCUCAACAACAGCAGCGUGAACACAAACACAGCGACGACACCGCGGAUGGAAAACAAGUGAAUAUAAAAAGACAUCAGACACAGCUGCAGCGAUGGGAAAGUCGCAGUCACACUUGGCCAAGCACAAAGACGAGAGUCGCGAGACGCUGACCUCUUCUGGCGAGUACGGAGACGGUCAGACGGACGAGGACGGCAAACACAGAGACGUGUCUCAGUUCCCCUACGUGGAGUUCACGGGGCGGGACAGCGUCACGUGUCCAACGUGUCAGGGAACCGGCAGAAUCCCACGAGGUCAAGAGAACCAGCUGGUGGCUCUGAUUCCGUACAGCGACCAGCGGCUGCGGCCGAGCAGGACAAAACUCUAUGUGACGAUCUCGGUGGCUCUGUGUCUGCUGCUGUCGGCUCUGGCCGUUUUCUUCCUCUUCCCUCGAUCCAUCGACGUCUCGUACGUAGGAGUGAAAUCUGCCUACGUCUCGUACGACCAGGACAAAAGAAUCGUCUAUCUCAACAUCACAAACACUCUGAACAUCACCAAUAACAACUACUACGCCAUUUCUGUGACCAACAUCACGGCACAGGUGCAGUUCUCCAAGACGGUGAUCGGGAAAACCAAGUACAACAACAGCACGCUGAUCGUUCCACUGGACAAGAAGCAGAUCGACUACACCGUCCCCACAACCAUCGCUGAUGAGAUGAGUUACAUGUUCGACUACUGCACUUUACCGACCAUCAAAGUUCACAACAUCGUGGUCAUGAUGCAGGUGACGGUGACGACGUCGUACUUUGGACACGCGGAGCAGGUCUCCCAGGAGAUGUACCAGUACGUGGACUGUGGUGGAAACACCACGUCCUUACAUGGACAUGUGCAGGUUUAUCAAUAAAAAAACACACACACACACACACACACACUGCUGUAACUGAAGCUCUUUUCUUUGCACAGCGAUGAAGAAACUAAAGGACUUUAUCGACGUAUUGUGUCUUUACAUCCGUUUUUACUUUGCAUUUAUAACAGCCACAGGUCAAAUGUGACGUAAUGUUCAAAAACUCACGUGACACGGUUUGUGCGACAGCUUUGCAGGCGAUCUGGCGUCGAGGCACAGCGUCUUAUCGUCACGGCGUCUUAUCGUCACGGCGUCACAUCGCCCAGUCUGGUGAAAAUUAAAACAGAGAUUUAAGUUAAUAUUUUACUUCAGUGGAAGAAAUUCAAAAAUACAAAAACAUAGGACAGAAAGAAAGAGGUUUCAGAUCAGAUGCACUUUAGCUCGUUUAUGGAAUUAGAUUUGUGUCAAUGUUUUUAAUAUUUAACACUUUUUAAGAAGCAAAUAAAAUAUAGAUUCAAUCAUUCAAAAAUAUAAUUUUAUUGUUUGAAAAUACACUGGUUCUCUUUGCACUCCCUCACUCUCUUUGUUCUUCAUGCUCCCUCACUCGUUCUAACCAAAUAAUUGUAAAUAUCUAACGUUUGUCAGAUUAUAAACGUUAGAUACUUGCAUUUAUUUUGACGCUCCAAAACUACAAAACAAACAAUAUUUUUGAAUGAUUAAAUCGAUAUUUUAUUUGUUUGGUGAAAAUAAACACAUAUCUAAUUCCAUAUUCGUUCCUCAUCCACAGAAAGAGAUAGACGUUGUUUCACGAGUGGAACGCCAUCGGAGACUUUUUACUAAAAAAUCAAUUGUUUCCGACGUAAUGAAAACCACUUCUUCUUUUGUUCAUUCCUUUAAGUAAAAAUAUUAUUCUUGAUAUUGUUCGGUGCAAUAUAUUUUAUUCAUCACCUUCUCGAGUAAAAAAAGUCUGGUCAUAUUUUUAUUGUUUGUCAGUCAACGCUAAAGUAACUACUGUGAAAAUGCAUAUUUUUCUUUUUAUGAAGUAAAAAAAAAGGGAUGAUGAUGAUACAUCUAUUAAAAACAAAUGGUGUAGCAGCCACUAACAUAAUAAUAACUGCCUAUAAUUAAUAAUUUCUUCUGCUCUUACUGUCAUAAAAAAAGGUAGGGCCACAAAUCACCAUUAUUUUCAUAAUUGUUGAUGAAUCAAUUGCUUUUUUUGGUCCAGAAAGUAUUAAAUGUUGAUUAUUGUUUGUCCACAAACCAAAAAUAAUACAGUUUUAAUCCAUUUCUUUGGUACAUGGAGCAAAACAACCAUUUAAGAAGCUAAAAAUAUCUAAUUUUAUUACAUUCAACCCAAUUAAUUAUCAGAAUCAUUGACAAUUAAAGCUAUUAACGAUUGUUUAACUGUAUUUUUGUUGGCCUAAAAUAAUGGAUAUAACAAUAUCUGGACAUAAAUUUAAAUUUUUCUUUUUACAAUUUUUAGUUAAUUUGUGACCCAACAUUUAUGGACAAAAUUUCAUUAAUUGUAAGUAUUACAAAUCAUUAUUGACCGGUUAUUAGAUUAAAAACUGAUUUCUUCUUGGUUGAUUUACAUUCAGGACAGAGCAGUUAUUGUGUUAUUGGUAGUUUAAGAAUUAUUAUUGUUAUUAUUGGCUGCUACAAGCUGUUGGAACAUUAAAUACAGGAAUGUGUAAAAUAUAUAGAUUUAUUUCUGGUUUUGCUUUAAAAUGCCUUGUUAUUCAGAGCACUGUUUGUUUGUUUUUUCUCUUUUUAACAUGUUUUUGUUUGUGUCAUUGAUAUUAAUAAUCCAGUCUGAAUCUUCUAAUCUUUUUUUGGUGAUUUUUGUUUGACAAAAUAAAUAGAGUUGAUGGUU